CGGGACGCGGGGUAGUUGGGGCACCGGGCACCGGGCACGGCGCCGUCGUCCGCCGCGGGAGGUAGCUCCCCGCCCCUGCGCAGGACACUGAAAACCAUAAAAGUUUGAUUUAAAAAAAAAAAAAAAAAAUGCCCAGAAAGAGUAUAGACUAUGGAGUGCUGCCGGAGUAUGAGAAAAGCCAGAUCAAAAGGACCUUGGAGUUGGGAACUGUUAUGACCGUAUUCAGUCUUAAGAAGAGUAGUCCAGAAAGGAGGACUAUUCAAGUCAUAAUGGAAACCAGGCAGGUAGCAUGGAGCAAGACAGCUGACAAGAUUGAAGGUUUCUUGGAUCUGAUGGAAAUAAAAGAAAUUCGCCCAGGAAAGAAUUCAAAGGACUUUGAGCGUUGCAAAGCAAAACAAAGAGAAGAACACUGCUUUACUAUUUUUUAUGGUACCCAGUUUGUCCUCAACACCUUAAGCUUAGCAGCUGACUCUAAAGAUGAUGCUGAUAAAUGGUUGUGUGGCUUGAAUAUCUUGUAUCAAGAGGUCAUGAGUGCUCCCACACCUGCAAUCACAGAGAGCUGGCUGAGAAAGCAGAUCUAUUCUGUUGAUCAAACUAGAAGAAAUAGUAUCAGUCUUAGAGAGCUGAAAACCAUCCUUCCCCAAGUAAACUUCAAAGUGAGCAGCAUGAAGUUCUUGAAGGACAAAUUUGCGGAAAUAGGCGCUCACAAGGAAGAGCUUAGUUUUGAACAAUUUCAUUUGUUCUACAAGAAAAUCAUGUUUGAACAACAGAAAUCGAUUCUUGAUGAAUUCAAAAAGGAUUCCUCUGUGUUCAUUCUUGGAAAUACUGACCGUCCAGAUGCUUCAGCAGUUCAUCUCCAUGACUUUCAGAGAUUUCUGCUACAUGAGCAGCAGGAAUCUUGGGCACAAGAUCUCAGUAAAGUCCGAGAACGAAUGACGGAGUUUAUUGAUGACACUAUGAGAGAAACUGCUGAACCGUUCCUCUUUGUUGAUGAGUUCCUCACUUACCUUUUUGCAAAAGAAAACAGUAUUUGGGAUGAGAAAUAUGAUUCAAUAGACGCGCAGGACAUGAAUAAUCCUUUGUCCCACUACUGGAUUUCUUCCUCUCAUAACACAUAUCUGACAGGAGACCAGCUUCGAAGUGAAUCCUCCACAGAAGCUUACAUUAGGUGCCUUAGAAUGGGAUGUCGAUGUAUUGAGUUGGAUUGCUGGGAUGGUCCUGAUGGGAAACCCAUCAUUUACCACGGAUGGACACGGACAACAAAGAUCAAAUUUGAUGAUGUAGUACAGGCAAUCAAAGAUCAUGCCUUUGUUGCAUCCGAAUACCCAGUCAUUCUGUCAAUUGAAGAGCAUUGUAGUGUGGAGCAGCAGCGACACAUGGCCAAAGUGUUCAAGGAGGUAUUUGGGGAUCAGCUUUUAAUGAAACCUAUUGAAGCCAGUGCAGAUCAGCUACCAUCACCAACCCAGCUGAAAGAAAAAAUAAUCAUCAAGCACAAAAAACUGGGGCCAAAGGGAGACAUUGAUGUGAACUUGGAAGACAAGAAAGAAGAAAAAAAGCAACAAGGAGAACUUUACAUGUGGGACACAAUAGAACAGAAAUGGACUCGGCACUACUGUGCUAUUGCUGAUGAAAAGCUUUCAUUCAGCGAUGAUAUAGAACAGAAUGCUGAUGAAGAUUCAUCAAAGGAGGUGAAACGUACUGAACUGCACUUAAAAGAGAAAUGGUUCCAUGGGAAAAUGAAAGAGGGGAGAACAACUGCUGAGAAACUGCUUCAGGAAUAUUGUGCUGAAAUGGGUGGCAAGGAUGGGACAUUCCUAGUUAGGGAAAGUGAGGCUUUCCCUAAUGAUUGCACCUUGUCAUUCUGGAGGUCAGGUAGAGUCCAGCAUUGCCGGAUCCGUUCUUCAAGUGAUGGGGACACUGUGAAAUACUACCUGACAGACAACCUCACUUUUGAUAGCAUCUAUGAUCUCAUUCAACACUACAAGGAGGCCCACUUGCGAUGUGCUGAAUUUGAGCUGCGUCUGACUGAUGCUGUGCCUAAUCCCAGCCCUCAUGAGACUAAAGAUUGGUACUAUAGCAACUUGAGUCGGGGAGAGGCAGAAGACAUGCUGAUGCGAAUUCCUCGAGAUGGAGCCUUUCUGAUUAGAAAGAGAGAUGAGCCUGAUUCGUUUGCCAUGACUUUCAGAGCGGAGGGGAAAGUGAAGCACUUCCGAAUUCAGCAAGAAGGUCGCCAUUUUGUGCUUGGAACCUCAGCCUAUUUUGAGAGUUUAGUGGAGCUGGUGACAUACUAUGAGAAGCAUCCGCUGUACAGGAAAAUGAAAUUGCGUUACCCGGUGACUGAGGAGCUGCUGGAGCGCUACAGCACGGAAAAAGAUAUUAACUCCCUCUAUGAUGUCAAGAUGUAUGUGGAACCCAGUGAAAUCACCCCUACAGUGCCUCAGAGAACAGUGAAAGCCUUGUAUGACUACAGAGCCAAAAGAAGUGAUGAAUUGAGCUUUUCUCGAGGAGCUUUAAUUCAUAAUGUCACAAAGGAAACUGGAGGCUGGUGGAAAGGGGAUUAUGGAGAAAAAGUCCAACACUAUUUUCCAUCUAAUUAUGUUGAAGACCUGUCAUCUGAUAACUCUGCUGAGCUUGAAAACCAGAUUAUUGAGGACAAUCCAUUAGGCUCUCUAUGUCGCGGUAUACUGGUACUCAAUACGUACAAUGUUGUGAAAAUGCCACAAGGGAAACACAAAAAGCCUUUUGUCUUCAUUCUGGAACCUAAGAAUCCAGAAGAUCCAUGUGUUGAGUUUGCAACUGAUAAAGUAGAAGAACUCUUUGAAUGGUACCAAAGUAUCCGUGAAAUCACCUGGAAAACUACAGAAGAGGAGAACAGGAGAAAAUACUGGGAAAAGAAUCAAUUGAUUGCUAUUGAAUUAUCUGAUCUGGUAAUCUACUGCAAGCCAACAAGCAAAACCAAGGACAAUUUAGAAAAUCCUGAUUUCAAAGAAAUCCGUUCUUUUGUGGAAACCAAGGCAGAGAGCAUUGUUAAGCAAAAGCCAGUUGAGUUGUUGAAAUACAACUUGAAGGGACUGACACGUGUUUAUCCUAAAGGACAGAGGGUCGACUCAUCCAACUACGACCCAUUUCGCCUCUGGCUUUGUGGCUCCCAGAUGGUGGCUCUUAACUUCCAAACUCCAGAUAAAUACAUGCAAUUGAACCAUGCCUUGUUUUCACUUAAUGGACGCACGGGCUAUGUUCUGCAGCCAGAAAGCAUGCGAAAUGAGGAGUAUGACCCAAUGCCAAAUGACUCGAAGAGGAAAUUGCAGAUGAUUAUGACAGUGAGGGUUUUAGGUGCUCGUCAUCUCCCUAAACCUGGUAGAAGCAUCGCUUGUCCCUUUGUAGAGGUAGAAAUUUGUGGGGCUGAAUAUGAUAACAACAAAUUCAAGACAACAGUUGUGAAUGACAAUGGCCUUAAUCCAGUUUGGGCACCCUGUCCGGAGCAAGUGAAAUUUGAAAUUUAUGAUCCAAAUCUAGCGUUUCUGCGCUUUGUUGUUUAUGAGGAAGAUAUGUUCAGUGAUCCCAAUUUCUUAGCACACGCCACUUUUCCCAUCAAAGGAAUCAAAUCAGGUUUUAGAUCAGUUCCUCUCAAGAAUGGCUAUAGUGAAGAUAUAGAGCUGGCUUCACUUCUAGUUCACUGUGAAAUGCAACAAGUUCUGGAAAGUGAAGAAGAGCUUUAUUCCUCAUGUCGGCAACUUCGGAAGCGCCAGGAGGAGCUUAAUAACCAGCUGUUUCUUUAUGACACGCAUAUGAAUUUAAGGAAUCCUAACAGAGAUGCUAUAUUAAAAGAAUUCAAUGUGAAUGAGCACAAACUACAGAUAUAUCAAGAGACAUGCAACCGCAGAUUAAAGGAGAAGAAAGUCAGUAACAGCAAAUUCUACUCUUAAAGCAAUCAUUCUUUGAUGCGUGCUUUAUGGUGCAAUUCAGGAAGAGAUAUUAAUUUAUCUUGGCCAUCCUACUCAAUGACGGUCUCAUCAGACUGAAUGACUGGAAGAAGAGGAGGAGGAGGAAAGAUGGGUUUCCUUAAUUUCUUGUUAUAAGAAAAACUGGUUUAAUUUAUAUUCUGUACAAAGCAUACCCUCUGUGCAGGCCAGACCUUCUGUGUAUCCAGGAUUUUUAAAAUUUGAGGGCAUGUAGUUGGAUAGACCUCACUUCUCAUUAUCAAUACCUGAAGUACAAGUAUAAAUAAUCUACUAUAUUUAUGUAUGCAGGCUAUAGAUAAGACAUUCACAACAAUUUGCAUGCAUGGAAUCACACCACUUUAACAACCUGGCUCCUUAAGAUUAACUGUUAGUGAGUUUUUAAUUUAUUAAAUGCUGUAAAAGCACUCCUACACCAGCAUUGUCACGUCAUGUAUGUUACAGUGCCCAAGGCAGCAGAUUGUACUUCUGAUACUGUAUAAAAUAUUUUGGGCAGCUGAUAGCUCAUACUGUAUUGUCUCUUGUUAAAAGUUUUCUGUUACAUUUUUGACAACUAGAUAAUAUGUUAAUUUUGUUGAAACCAAAUAUCCUCUGUGACUGUAGUUGUGUUUUUCCUGUUGAACUCUUUGUAAAGGUUUAAGAAAGGAACGAUGUGUGAACCUGUAUUCAUAGCCCCUGUGAACCUGUGUUCACAACCUCAAGGCACUGGGAGGAGAAGUUUUAAGAUAUGCAGUAGGAAAUAUCUGUUUGUUUGCGGAAAGGAAGCAUAUUUCAAAUUCUGAAAAGCAUUUACUUUGGUAUAGUAUUAUUUUUCAAAUCCUUUCAGCUGCUAAUGUGCGUAGAAAUGAAUUUUUUAAUGAACUGUCCGUUUUUUAAUCUUGCAGUCCUACUUAGAUGAUAGCGUCAAAUGAUAGUGUUCUGUAAAUGUAGGCUGUUUUCCCAAAAUGUAUCUAAUCCAAGAAUGAUAGUAUGCACAAAUAUAGAGGUACAUCGUUCUAAUGGCUUUAAUCAAAUGAAGAACAUGGAGCUACAGAUGAGAAAACUUGUUAGAUUAGCAAGUGUGUUUUCCUGCCAGAGCAGAACCAAAGUCCUUUGAUGGCAUAUUUAACACCAGUUGUCAUAAUUUGUGUAUGUGUUGGUUCUUUGUGCUAGCACUGUGUUAUUACUGUGAAAUUCCUAGUUCCUUUAUCUCUACAUGGGUGGAGUUUUGCCAUCUGUAAGCUUGACUUUAACUUUCAAAUGUGUGCAGAGGAGUUAAGUUUUUCUGUCUAAGUGACUGCCUGAGGCAUAAAAUGCUGCAUACAUAGUGCUUUAUUUCUGAUCACAGAAAACUUGCAUGGAUUUGGGAUUCAUGGCCUGAUGAAGCUGCCUCAGCAAUUUUCAGUUUCUCUUGCUCCCCAUGCUAUGACUUCUGUUGUUUCAAGAGGCACUUAAUUGAUGCCAUUGUGCAUUUGCAGAUGACGGUUUGAGGAACCCCCUUGAGGUUUUAGUUAUUCUGUAAAGACAGUCUUGUCUCGAAGAUGAAAGUGCUAUGAUAGUGUGUCCCACAAUGGGGUGGCUUCUGUAAAUUUUU